AUGAAUUUCAAGAGCUGUUUAGUUAUUUUGUUGCUGGGUACAGCCGCUACCCUGCAAUUGGCUGGUGCCAAGGAAAUCAAGGGCUACAAACUCUAUGCCAAGAAUCCACAACAAGCUGAAGGUCGUUAUAUUGAUAUUGCCAAUAAGUUGGCCUUGUUGAAGGGAUCCACCACCACUACCACAGUUCUUCCACCUUCUCUACCCCCAACACCAACUACAACCACCACUGGCACCGGCACCGGUACUGGAACUGCCACUGGUACUGCUACAGGAACUGCAACCGGCACUGGUACCUCUCCAACUGCCACUCCUCCACCACCACCUCCAACCACCGCUACACCACCUCCUCCUCCACCACCACCAACAACUGCUGACUCACCAACCACAGCUGACUCACCAACUGCUGACUCUCCAACCGCUGCCUCCCCUACAGCUGACUCACCAACCGCUGCUUCCCCAACAGCUGACUCACCCACCGCUGCCUCUCCAACUGCUGCCGAACCCACAGCAGCCUCACCAACAGCUGCCGAACCCACAGCAGCCUCACCAACAGCUGCCGAACCCACAGCAGCCUCACCAACUGGCACCGGCACCGCUCCAGCGCCAACAGCCAGAGGAAAGGAAAAUGCAGUAGCCCAUAAUGAAGAUGACGAUGAUGAAGAUGAAACCGAAGAAGAUAACGAAUUGAUUGCCGAAGAAAACGACAAUGCCUUAGCUGGUAGCGAAGAGGUCGGCCGUGCCACCAACUCCAAUGUCCUCUUGAGACGUCGCAUCCGUAUGCAACGCCGCAAGCGCAUCAACCAAAUUCGCAGACAGAGACGCCGCAUCAUCCGCAGACAACGCAAACAACACCGUGCCACCCAGAAACGCCUUCGCCGCAUCACACAAAAACUCCGCCGCCGUCUGAUGACCCAAAGAGUCAGGCUCCAAAGACGUGGCUCCAAGAGGACCCAAAGGAUCGUCAAGAGACAAAGACGCAUGCACAAGCGCCAUUUGCGCCAACAACGCCGCAAUAGAAUGCGCAAAUUGCGCCAACAACGCAAACAACAAAAACGUUUGAUCCGCCGCAUCCGUCAAUUGCGCAAACGCACCCAAACCAUGAAAAGCCGCAGACAAAUCAAACAGCUUAGAACUAGAUUGCAUCGCUUGAACAAGAAGAUCGCCAACAGACGCCGUUUUAGACGUCGCAAUUAA